AUGUUGUACCGAAUAUUCAAUCUUCUAAUUCUUUCCCAAUUUGGCUCAAGCUCAUUUUUCAGCGCAGAUACGAAUGUGUCUCGGGUGGAUGUAUCACAUUUAACCCGAAUAUUGUCGUUUCCCAAGAGUCAGAAACUUGUGGUUCUUCAUAAAGUUCCGAAUGAGUUUUUCAUUCUUGGUGGUCAAAACCGUGUCUACAAUGUAUCCAUCAGUUCAAUGACCGAAAUCAGUAGAUAUGAGUGGUCAUCAAGUGAGGAAGCACGGAAAAAUUGCGCUGCUAUCAGUCAGAAUCCCGCAUCUUGUGAAAAUUACAUCCGAACGUAUUUUGAACUAACAAGUGAUACCUUUAUUCUAUGCGGAACCCAUGCAUUACAGCCAACAUGUGCGGAGUUCAAAAGAGAGAACACAAAACCACUCCGUUUGAUUUCGGCAGUUGGAAUGUCUCCGAUUGAUGCAGAUUCCACUUCACCAUUCAUUCGAUCCAAUGAGAAUAUUAUAACAGUCAAUGUAGCUGAACUCUCAUCUUCUGAACCUCUUCUGAUUCGAAGAAACGUCGUCAAAAUGUGGAAAGGGAUAGAGAACGAUGUCAUUCUGAGAACGCCACGUGGAUUGAGCUCUUUUGAGCAAGCAAAUUUUCUUUCGAUGCAUAAAGUGAAAAAGGAAGUGCUCUUCUUCUUUUCUGAAUCUCCAAUGGAAACCGAAGGAUGUGGUCUACACAAAGUGGCGCGUGUGGGACGUGUUUGCGAAGACGAUCCCGGCGGCAGAUUAUCCUACAACAAAGAAUGGAGUUCUUAUGAGAAGGCAAGAAUUGAAUGUUCCAUCGAAGAGAAUGAUACAGACACUUUCUAUUUCAAUCAGUUUGCUGGUGUUGCUGAAUCUCCAAACUCGUUUUAUGGAGCAUUUCGAUCUCAGCUGGCUGGAAUCGGAGCUUCUGCUAUUUGUAAAUACAGUAAAAAAUCGAUUUCGAAAAGUUUUGCAAGUGGAUUCAGAGAUUCUGAUUCUCCGGAUUCUUGUGCAAAAGCCAAUGAGUUAGAAGAACUGAGUAGGCUUCGAUUAAAGCCAUUAAUAAAACAUAAAAUAUCAGCGAAUCCAAUUUAUAUAUUCCACGGUAAAGAUCGUUUUGUCCAUGUUUUGGCUCAAGAAGAUUCUCGAGAUCUCAGUAAUCGUUCUUUUGAUAUCCUAUACGUUGGAACUAAUCUUGGAAAUAUUCUGAAAAUCGUUAUUUCCAAUUCUGAACCAGGUUCCAAUGUAACAGGCAGACAUGCUGUAACAUUAAAAGUUCUUCCAUCAAACUCCAAAAUAACGGACAUGAGUUUGUAUACAAAAAAUGGAGUGGAGGAGCUGAUUGUAGUAACCGAACAGAGUGUAAGUCAUACUAAAACAUUAACUGCAUACUAUCUGAAUAUUCAGGUUAUCAAAGUACCAUCUGCCACGUGUCACUUGGCAACCAACUGUGCCGAAUGUCUUUCUCAUGGAGAUCCACAUUGCGCAUGGGCUGAUGGAGCCGAAUGUAUCGAUAUACGAACGGAUCGAAGAAAGUCUGCCAGUCAAGAUAGUGGAACUUGUGAUGUUGUCAGUUUUGAUAAUCAUAAGCCAGUGUUAAUACCGCCUCUGAAGAAUAGUGAGUUACUGGUUUUCGAGCAAAUAACAAUCAAAUUGAUUCAGAAGAUUCUCUUAAAGUUCCGGUAUGCCUAUGCGAAACGGAAAAGGUUAAGAAACCAUGUGCCACUGAAGUUAUUCAAAAGGAAAUUGUUUUAUCUGGAAGUUCCGGUAAAUCAGUUCAAUCAACCAUGGAAAUACAUAACCGUUUUUGCUGUCGGAGUUCUAACAGGUUCAAUCUUCAACUACUGUUAUUUCUAUUUCAGCAGGAAUCUUGGGGGUAAAACUGCUCCAUCAUCUCGUUCGUCGUCUUCAAUGACUCGCCCAAUCACCACAACAUCUUCUACACGUGUUCCAAUCGACGCAUUCACAACGUCUUCAAUUGCUGAUGAAAUGUUCUCAUCAACUCUUUCCUCAGCCAACAGAUUCAACACAGUGUCAAUGCAUUCCUCAAUACGCACGUAUUGCUAA